AUGGCAGACCAUCAUUAUUAUUUAAGAAGUGCUAUGGAUAAUGAUGAACAAGUAGUCCCUGCUGACCAAACGUUUGGAACAAAUGGUACAAAUGGUACCACCAAUGGAGCAGAACAUCUCUAUGAUUCAUCUGGUCCUUUCGAUAGUUUUACUUCCGCCCUUACCGGAGCAGGAGAAAGUUUAAAGUCUGGCUUUGACCAAUCAAAAGAGAGCUUCAUGAACAAAAUUGAUGACAUUGGAACAGAUGUCAAUGAUCGACUGCAGGAUUAUGGAGACGAUUUUUCGGAAAAGGCUCAGAAUAUGAAAGAGGCCAUUCAUGGAUUUGGUGAACGAGUGGAGGAUGAUGUUACAGAAAAGACAGAUCAAAUGAAAGCUAGUUAUUCCGAAAGCGCAGACCAGUUUCGAGAAAGUGCGAGUGAAUUUCAAGACAGUGUUUCUGAUAAUGUACAAGAUAUGAAAGAACAAAUGAGUGAAAAAGUGAACAAUUAUGGAGAAAAUGUUUCCCAGCAUGCUGAAGCCUUUGAGAAUGACAUCGAAGAACAAACUGACUACAUUAAGGAGGGGUUUCGGGACCGAUCUCAAGAUUUUCGUGAUAACAUGUCUGAUUAUGGAAACGCCGUUUCAGAACAAAUUUCAAACCAAGCUGAGGAGGCAGAGGAAACCAUUUCAAACAAAUUCCAGGAGUAUGGGGAAAAAACAGAUGUGAUGUCUGAUCAACUUUCCAACAAGGUCCAAGAUAUGGGAGAACAUGUUUCAGAUCAACUUUCCAACAAGGUCCAAGAUAUGGGAGAACAUGUUACUGAUCAGUUCCAAGAUAUCAGUGACAAUGUUAGUACAAUGCAAGAAAGCGCAACUGAUGGAGCUUAUGAUAUGAAAGAAAGUCUGGAAGAAAAAUUUGAAAAAUAUGAGGAGCAACUCUCUGAAAAAGCCCAAAUGAUAAGAGAUGAUAUUGGGAAACAAGCUGAUACCAUCCAAACCAAUCUAGAUGAAUCCUGUGAUAGCAUGUCUGAUGCAGUUUCUGAAAAUAUUCAGAACUUGGAUGACAGUACCAGUUCGUUUGGUGAGAAUGUCUCUGGAAAAGUUGAAAAAUUUGCUGAUAAUUUGGAGGAGUUUAGAAACAGAUCUGACAGUCCCACUGCUAGUUGUAAAUCACUUGCUGGUAGCGUAGCAGAUGAUUUUAAAGAAAGAGCUGUAGAAUUAGAACAAAACCUGGGUGAAAAGGCAGAUAUCUUUGAGAAACAUGUCGAUGAAUUUGUUGAGCAUGGUAUGGGUGAAGUUGAAGAUGGGUAUAGCAGUAUGAUAGAUCAUGCAACUGACAGGGCUGAUGAUAUUCAACAAAACAUUGGAGCCUUUGCUGAUGAGUCCAGACAAACAAUCGGUUUUGUGGAACCAAAUCUCCAGCAUUCAGGUGAAUUCGAGGGAGACAUGGAAUCAAAUCUCCAGCAUUCAGGUGAAUUCCAGGGAGACAUGGAAACAAAUCUCCAGCAUUCAGGGGAUUUUCAGGAAGACAUGGAAUCAAAUCUCCAGCAUUCAGGUGAAUUACAGGGAGAUAUGGAACCAGCUCUCCAGCAUUCAGGUGAAUUCCAGGGAGAUAUAAAAUCAAAUCUUCAGCAUUCGGAUGAAUUACAGGGAGAUAUGGAACCAGCUCUCCAGCAUUCAGAUGAAUUCCAUGGAGGUAUGGAACCAGAUCUCCAGCAUUCAACUGAAUUCCACAGAGAUAUGGAGCCAAAUCUUCAGGAAUCAAGUGAGUUCCAGGGAGCACUUUCUGGUCAAGCUGAAGGAUUUACUGAACAAACACCCCAUUUAGGUGGACAGAUACAUGAUGACUUUCAGAGUAGUACUGACAGCUUCCAAGACCCAGGAUUGCAAGCAGCCUCUGGAGUUUCUGAUAGACUUGAUGAUUCAGAAAGUUUUAUUUCGGAAAAAUCUGAUCAACUUGCAGAGAGUUCUGAAUCAUUCAGUCAGGGAGCAGAAGUAGAACAAAGUGGUUUUGAGGACACAAAAUCUAUUCCACAACUUGGUUUAGAUGGUGAACACAUCAACAGUGUUUCUGAUAUUGGAACUGGUGAAUUUUCUGAGAAGUUAGGAAUACAAGACAAUCAAGAAGUAAGCUCAGAUCCUCGUGAGGCUUUUGUUGAUGAUGUCAGUGAUACAGCAUCACAAAACAGUGAUGAUGAAGAAGCUGAUGUUGUUGAAAUAGAUGAUGAGGAACCUGGUUGUCAACUAUAUACAGGUGAACCUGAUCAAAGAGAAGAAGAAGUCACCCAAACUGAGAUCAAAGCCCAGGAUAUUGAGACACCUCUUAUUUCUGACUCUUUAGCUCCUUCAGAACAAUUCCAAUCAAGACCCACACAUGAUGAGUCAUAUGACUCCGAAGAUGCUCAAAGAUCUUUGGAUGCUGAAAUGAUUUGCAAAGCAGAUGAACUUAGCCAGGAGGAACACAUGGAAUCUGAAAGUGAACUUAAAUCAGAAGAGACAUAUCAAGAUGUACAGUAUGAGAGGAUGGAAGAGCAAGACAAAAUUCCCAAUGAAACUACUGACCAACCUGUUCAAAGUGAACUAACAGCUACACACUUGGACAGUUCAAAUAUCAAGGAUGACCAUCCACAAGAUCUAGUAAAUACACAAAUGGAAGAAGAGCAUCAUUUCGGACAAGAUGAUCAACCUAAAGAGUCAAUCGCAGAUUCUUACACAGAAGAAAGACAAAAUGAUCCAGAUGUUGUACAGCAUGUGGAUGAGCAAGUCAAAGAGGGCCAAUUUGUUCCUGAUGAAGAUGAAAUAGAGGAAGAUGAUUACACUGAAGAAGAGGAUGUGUCUGUGGCCAGCGAAAAAGAAUCUGAAGGAUUUCUAUCUGGUGGACUAUCUGCUUUAAAAGACCAGGUAGUUGAGUCAGGAACAGCUAUUAUUGACACUGCCGAGGAGACAGCUCAAGCAGUGGUGGAAGGGGUAUAUGAAGGAGCCAAGAACGUCUUAGGGAUGGAGACAGGUCAAGAACCUGAUAUGCUUUUAGCUGAGGAUGAUAGGAUAGAGAGUCCUGUUACUGACCAACCUACACCUGAACCAGAAGCUAGCACUGAUCUGAUGAGCUCUAGUUUGUAUGGAGCAGAUCAGAUUGAACCAGUUGACAGUUCAGUUGAUGCAGCACCAUCCAUGGAACAAACAGAUCAUUUUGUUGAUGAUGCCCAACAGAUGCAGAAAGAAGAUGAAUUGGUAAAAGAUGAAGACCAUGCAUUACAGUUAGAAAAUAAUCAAAUCCAGCAAGAUCCGUUUGAAAGAGCAGAUAUGUCUGAAUCACAAAUCAUGGAUAGCUCUGUUGGUGAUAUGAAGGAGCAAGUUCAUGAUGGACAACUUUUAGAUGAUGAUGCCCAAAUUGAUAGUCCAGUUGAUGAUGUUCCUGUUGCACCAGCUUCUUCUGAUCUUAUGAGCUCAAGUAUGUAUGAACCAGACCUUGAUCAAAGUAGUGCCAAUAAUGAUGUUCCCAUUGAUGCCAGUGGAUCAAGCAGUACGGUUGAAGCAGAAUAUGAAAGUAAACAUAUUGAGGACAGCAUAGCCUCAGAAGAUUUUCCAGUUGCUUCUUCAGCACCUACUGAUAUCAUGAGCUCCAGCAUGUAUGAGCCAGAUUUACAUGAUGAUGAUGAAUCUAUGCAGAAGAAUGUCAUUGAGCAAAUAGAAGAUAAGCAGAUUGGUGCAGAUGGAUCAGCUGACAUGAUGAGCUCUAGCAUGUAUGAACCGGAUUUAGAUGGUGAAGAUCUUAAGAAGGAUGAUAUUGAGGAUAAUCAAGUGGAACAGCAGGGCAUAGAUAGAUCUGCAGAUAUGAUGAGCUCUAGUAUGUAUGAACCUGAUCUUGAUACUGAAGCAGAGGAAAAGACACCUGAGUCCGACGAACCUCAAGCUUCUCAACUAGAAGGAGUAUCUGCUGAUGUCAUGAGUUCUAGUCUUUACAAGCCAAGUGAAGAAGAAAUGGUUGGUGAAAUUGAGUCUGAGCAGACUUCGACCCAGAGUAUUGAAUCAGUGGAACUUGAAAGUCCAGCUGUCAUUAGACAACAGCCAGAAGAAGAGGACCAAAGACAGGAACAAAUUCCUGCAGAUGAUGCAUUUGCCAGAGAUGAUGUCCAAAGUGAGCCUUCUGUGCACAGUGAAAAAGAUGUUGCUCCAGAACAUGAAUCUGCUGUGGAUGAAGUUCAAGUAGAGGAAAAGAUUGAGCCAGUUGCAGACAAAGUAGAGGAAGCAGCACCAAUUAUUGAAAGCACAAAAGAGCCUGAACCUUUAAUUGAGCCUCCAGUAGAACUAGAAGCCCUUAAAACAGAGGAUUCCUCAGUAGAUGCUGAACCUAUUAAAUCCCAAGAAGAAGAAAUUGCUGUAGUUCCACAAGUAGCACCAGUUGUUCAUGAAGUCCCUAAAGCUCCAGAACCAGUGCAAAAGAAGGAAAAGCCUAGUACAAAACCAUCUAGUCCGAAGAAAUCAACCCCUGCUGCGAAAAAGCCCACAGCUGCAAGUCCUCCUAAAAAGCUUGACACUAGUCCUCGUAAACCCAUGAAAAGUGCUGAAAAGGUACCGAAGAGUCCUGAGAAACCAAUGAGAAGUCCAAGUAAGUCCAGACACUUGGCAACUUCCCCCAGCAAACCAUUAACCAAUGGAAUUGUAGAUAAGAAAGAGAAAAAAGCAAUAGCGGCCUCAGUUACUGAACGUCUUUCACAACCUAAAGUGCGCCAUGUUGAAUUACCCUCCCCUACAUCUGCCAAUCAAGAUAGAUCCAGAUCACGAUCCAGUACUCGUAAAUCACCUGUGAUUCAAAUUACUUAUAGUUCUAUGGGAUGA